AUGAGCAGCACAGUAAAGCCAAGAGAGCAUAGCAUCCAGAUACCCAUGACAGCAACGUCGGUAGCGCAUGUUAAUAGCCUGGUGCUAGAUGCAACUCCUUUGAUUACACAGUCGUAUUCUCACUACCAGAACUAUGCCAAGGCGUUCUAUACUACUCCCACAGUUUUCCAGGAAAUUAAAGAUGAACAAGCCAGGAAAAACCUUGAGAUAUGGCGAAGCUUGGGCACUUUACAACUGCGUCAACCUCGCGAACAUUCAGUGAAAAGAGUCGGUGAUUUUGCAAAGCUGACAGGUGAUUACUCAGUUCUGAGUGCUAAUGACAUUCACAUCAUUGCUUUGGCUUACGAGUUGGAAACUGAAUUGAAUGAAGGCGACUGGAGACUGCGUAAAAAGCCAGGCGAUGAUUUGGCACCGGUGGCAGAGCUGGAGGUCAAUGAAGCUACUAAGUCGGAAAGUGCGACAGACAAGGACAAAAGUAAGAAGAAACGCAGAAGAGGAGGUAAGAAGCAGCGCGAAAAGCAACUGCUGCGCCAUAAUGUUGAGAACAAUGAGGCUGAAUUUAUCAAGUCAGAGGCUACAGAGACCUUGGAGACGACAGCAGAUGUAGUUACCUCCCAAACCAAAGAAGAGCCCCAGCCCGAAGAAGCGAAUAUAAUAAUAAACGAGGCCAGCGAAGAAAAUGUGGCGCAAGACGCUACGUCUGACUUUGAUUCCGAUGACGAUGGCGAUUGGAUAAACCCAGAAAACUUGACCGAGACCAUGAUAAAAGACAGUGGUGAAGACACCACUGGAUCAAACGUUCGUGAAGAUCUCAACGGGCACAUUUCGGAGAACCAUUUGGUACUACCUCAGAACCAGGUUGCAUUGGCAACAGGAGAUUUCGCUGUUCAAAACGUUGCACUUCAAUUGAAUUUGAACUUGAUGAAUUUUUUGUCAGGCUUAAGGAUCAAAAAACUGCGUAACUACAUGUUGAGAUGCCAUGCCUGUUUCAAGAUUUUCCCACUUGCCAAAGAUGGGACGUCGAAGCAUUUUUGUCCAUCGUGUGGUGGCAAUAAUACGUUGAUGCGUUGCGCCGUUUCAGUUGAUGCCGCUACGGGUGACAUAACCCCACACUUAAAGGCCAAUUUUCAGUGGAACAACCGUGGUAACCGUUACUCCAUAGCAAGUCCGUUGUCGAAAAACUCACAAAAACGUUUUGGUAAAAAGGGUUUUGUACAUAUUAAACACGGCCAGGACGUCGAACUCCUGAGAGAAGAUCAGAAGGAAUACGAAAAAGCAUUGAAGCAAGAGGACUGGACCCGCAGACACAAUGAAAAAGUUUUGAACGAAUGGACUGGAGGAGGUUCUGCUGAUAAUUACAUCUCUCCGUUUGCAAUUUCAGGCCUCAAGCAUCAUUCAGUGAAGGUGGGACGUGGUCGUCACGCUAACAGUGUAGGAAGGAAGAAGUAG